AUGGAAUCUUCUCCUAUUAAAGAACUUGAAGGUGGCUCCUCUUUGGUCCAAGAGAUGGAUACGUGUAGCCCAAGUAGUCCUUCGUCAGCAAACCUGGCCAUGUCCAGAAUCUCCUCGUGGGUAGUGAAGGAGGAUGAUGCCCUCGCUGAUAAUAAUACUGAGAUGGCAGUGGAAUUGGUGGAUCUAUCUACAGCUGGCAAAGGAUUCGGCUUGGUCGCUUCCCGCGCCAUUGGAAAGGAUCAAGUGGUCUUUACCGAGAAAGCUCCCGUGCCAACCACAGUGCCCAUGCCUAGUAGAGACUACACGAGUUCUUCAGGCUUUUUCACAAAUGCCAGAUACUGUCAAAACUGCUACGCAUCCAUGGAACCAGCAUCUGCUUGUUUUGAUUCCGUCCAGAGCCUGCCGUUGAAUCAUUUGUGGCCUGUGCCAGAAUACAAUGCUACCUUUCAAAAUAUCUUGGAAAAUGCCUCAGCACAAGUACCCUGUCUGGAGGAAGAACAGGAUACGAAUAACAUGGAUGCAGAUACAACAGCAACAGCAACAAUAAACUCCAAAUCCAUUUUAAAGGACCAACAUGGCAGGUUGAUCUGUACACAGUGCAAAUCUCUCUUUUGCUGUUCCGACUGCCACCGGAGCUUUUCAUCACACAUUUUACCAGACUGUUGUCUCUACCAAAAGCUACCCGAAACUAUCUUGGACGUGGUAGUCCAACACAAUACCCAGAGGAGGAAUCAAAUCAGCAAGAACAUCCCCGAUGACUCGUGUCUGGCCGAUCAUUGGGAGACACUCGUGGCCACACGAAUAUUCUGUGCUCAUCUCACUCAUCUUAGAAGACAGCAACCUACUAAUCCAAAAGAACAAGACGGAGAGGAGGAAGCCCGACUUCUCAGCCACGCCAUGCAAGACAUGUGUGGAACAGCAUCUACCGACCUGCAAAAGCUAAAUGUCGGCUUGUCCAAAGAGAUUCACACGGGACUAUUUGGAGCCACCACAACCAUCAACACGGUCGAACCGUUCUAUCAUGCCCUGUGUCAAGCACUGGCAUUGACAGUACAGGAACAACAAGUCUUGUCGUUGUCACUGUUCGAGCGACUCGUCAUUGUCUGCAGUCGCAACACGCUCCACGUCAAGACGGCGUCUCCUUUUACCCUCUACGAAGAACGCAUCAAGCAGCAAGCGUCAUCACCGGAAGAGCUAAAGGCGACACGUAAGAACAUUGCCAUUGCCAUUGGCAAGUCGGCCGCCGUGGUGGGACCCAUUGUCACCGAUCCCAACGAGUUUGGAACGCUGCAAUGCUGUGCCGUCCUACCACUCUUUUCUAGACUCAACCAUGCCUGUGACCCCAAUCUGCAAGUAGCGGACCGAGUCGUGGUGAUGGAAAACGAAAAUCGUGUGUUGCGGCUGGCCGUGGAUCUCGUUGCCACCAAGGAUAUCCAGCCGGGAGAGGAACUCUCCAUUUGCUAUCUCAGUUCCCAAGCGGCUGCCUUGGAGGAACCGUUUCGGAAUCGACGAUUGCAAUCGAGGUACCUAUUCACGUGCCGUUGCCACAAGUGUGCGCAGGAACAGCAAGAACAAUACGACCAAGCCAAGAAGUAA